GAAUGUAAAGCGAGGAAAGUGUUAGCGUGGGGCGAUUCUGGGUGCGGCCAGCUGCGCUUCAGAUAAGGAGCACCCGGGCUCAGAGCUAGAAGCUGGAAAGCGACUCCCCCCACUCCGCUUCAAACACGGAUUUCUCGGCAUAGGGCAAGUCAAUGUCCAGACUCGGAGGUAAUAAACAAGUAUGGAGAGUGUGGUUCAACAGUGAGCAUGUGCCCACCCAUUAAACAGCACCAGAAAAAUAAGAGGAACGGCGGCGGCAGCAGCGGCGGCUGGGCAGAUGAGAUGGCUUGGCAGGGCCUUAAAGACGAUGCUGUGACCAGUUCAAAAACGGCGCCGACAGCUUCACUUCCUCUUUUCGGACUUCCGUUUGUGGGGGUAAAGCCCGCUAAGAAAAGUUGCCAGACAGCAGGCAUUGCCACAGCUGAGGCGUCUUCCCAGGCCCGCACACAUGCAGAUGCCCAGGUGCAGACGGAGGCUCCUGAGGAGCCAGCGGCUAUGGCUCCUGUUUCCCAGCACGACACGCCCAGGCUCGCAGCCUUUCUCCGGAGGGUGGAGGCCAUGGUCAUCCGAGAGCUGAACAACAACCAGCAGAGCCAUGCCUUCGAUGGCUAUGAGGUGAACUGGACUGAGCAGCAGCGGACGGUUUCCUGUCUGCACACCUUGGUCUACCCCCUAGCCCAAGGGCAGGGUCUGCAUGUGACCGGCAUUUCCUGGAACGCCACAGGCUCUGUGCUGGCCUGUGCCUAUGGUCGGCUGGAUGAUGGAGACUGGAGUACACUCAAGUCCUAUGUGUGUACCUGGAACCUGGACCGCCAAGGCCUGAACCCCCAGCAGCCAUCGGUAGUGGUGGAGGUGCCAAGUGCGGUCAUGUGCCUGGCCUUUCAUCCCACACAGCCCUCACACAUUGCUGGGGGGCUGUAUAGUGGCGAGGUGCUGGUGUGGGACAUGAGCCGGCCCGAGGACCCACUGCUUUGGCGGACAGGUCUGACGGAUGACACUCAUACAGACCCAGUGUAUCAGGUGCUAUGGUUGCCUGAACCCCGGCAUAGCCACCGCUUCCAGGUCCUGAGCGCGGCCACAGACGGGAGGGUGCUGCUCUGGAGAGGCAGUGGGGCCGGUCAGCUGCGGCUCUCCAAGGGCUUUGCCCUGGCCGUGCAGCAGCUGCCUCGGAGCACCAAGCUGAAGAAGCCACCCCGUGGAGAGACUGAGGUGGGGGUGACAUCAGUGGCCUUCUCCAGCUUUGACUCCAGCCUUUUCGUUCUGGGCACAGAAGGUGGCUUCCCCCUCAAGUGUUCCCUGGCGUCAGAGGCAGCGGCUCUCACUCGGAUGCCCAGCUCUGUGCCUCUUAGGGCCCCGGUGCAGUUCACCUUCUCUCCCCAUGGUGGCCCUGUGUACUCUGUGAGCUGUUCCCCUUUUCACAGGAACCUCUUCCUGAGUGCUGGGACCGAUGGCCAUGUCCACCUGUACUCCAUGCUGCAGGCUCAGCCUCUCACCUCAUUGCAGCUCUCUCACAAGUACCUGUUUGCUGUGCGCUGGUCCCCUGUGCGUCCCUUGGUUUUUGCUGCUGCUUCUGGGGAAGGUGAUGUACAACUGUUUGACCUCCAGAAAAGCUCACAGAAACCCACAGUUUCCAUAACGCAAACCCAGGAUGGAAGUCCUGUCUACUGCCUUGAGUUUAACAGCCAGCAGACGCAGCUCUUGGCUGCUGGUGAUGCUAAGGGCAUGGUCAAAGUGUGGCAGCUGAGCACAGCCUUCACAGAACAAGGGCCCCGGGAGGCAGAGGACUUGGACCAGCUAGAAGCAGAAAUCGCUACCUGAGAGCCACAAGGAGCAUGGUGGGGUGUGUGCUACAUAAGCUAGAUAAAGAGGAACAAAGCCUGUAA